AUGGCACAGACCUGGUACCUCUUUUGUAAAGGGCCAUCUGAAGAGACCCUAGUAUUCACCGUGGCUGACGAAAAGCCCAAGGAAGGAGACAAGACUAACAACGAUGAUCAUAUUAAUUUGAAGGUGCCAGGGCCAGAUGGUUUUGUGGGGCAGUUUAAGAUUAAGAGGUCUACACCACCUAGUAAAGUAACGAAAGCCUAUUAUGAACGACAGGAGUUGGAAAUGGAGGCUGAAGAUACAAUUGAUGUGUUCCAGGAGCAAAAAGGAGGUAUCUACUAG